AUGUCCUUCAGAUUCGUCCACAUGGUAGAGCGAAUCACUACACCGAUCCUCGUCCACAAGGAAUUCGCCGAACGAAGCGUGGAGGGGCACCACGCGCCCGCGCUCGUCAAUCAUCAGCACGAAACGCAGGUGGUCCACGAUGUAGAAGACGUCAGCGGCGGACACAUCGCGUCCGUAGAACGCGACGGUCUCAAGAUUAAACCACUCAACUUCCAGUGUAAUGAAACGCAGGAGGAAGAUGAGGCGUUCGCGGACCUAAGACAGGUCUACGCCACGAAGAAUAGUCAAGACGACUACUCCACAAGCAACUGGGGCACGACUACCACUGAUACGACGAAGGACAUUGGAGACAUUGUUUUCAACAACUCUGCCCCAACCGAUACUACACAUACCAAGGAACAGUACGAGUACCACAAGGACUCGCCCUCUGCGAUCCAGCACAAGAAGAAUUCAUCCAAGAAAGGGACAGGCUUAACGAAGAAGCCAGGCUUAGAGAAGAACAAGCCCAACAAGCAACUCAACUAUCCGCCAGCGUACCACCAUCCAGACCACAGACACCACACCCAUACGAUCAAUCUCGUAGACAUAGCCGAGCACCCAGCAGGGCAGAAACCUCUACCUCUAUCGAAACUCGAACCAUUCGAUAUCCCCCUCCCGGAUCUCGACGUACCCAUCCCACCUGAACGACAGGAAGAAAUAUACGAAGUUACUAGACAACUUCAGAUGCCCUCUACGAUGGCAGACACAAAUACUCUCAUGCGAGAAAUGAUCGAGGCACUUCAGAAAGCAAAUGAACAUGCCUCUACCCCAAAACCCCAGAAGUUUGACGGCACGCAACGAAUUCAGGACUUCCUGAAAGAUUGCGACAUCUACUUCAAAGGCAAAGACACAACCAAGGAUGCAAAGAAAAUUCUCUUUGUACUCAACAACACCGAGAAGAAGCCACACGACUGGUGUCGCACCAAGUUUGACGAAUACGAAGCCAGCACAACUUGGCCCACAUGGACCAAAUUCAAGGAAGACUUCGCCAAAGCCUUUCAGAAGGUGGAUAGCGAAGUUGACGCCAUCGUAAAACUCGACAGAAUAAUGCAGUCAGACUUCGAUUCAGUCAAUGACUACAACGUCGAAUUUAACCGACUCGUCAAAGAAGCCAAGUACAACAACCUGAGCACAGACACCUACCUCCAACGUACCUAUACAGGAGGACUCAAAUCUGUCCUUGCAAAGACUCUCAUCCAACGAGAAAAGAAGCCAACCACACUUCAAGGAUGGCAAGAAGAAGCACUCAAGCUGGACAACGCAGAAAUAGAAUGGGACAAGCUCAGACGAGGAAGACAAAGGGGAAGGAUCGACAAGACUACCUCUCACUCUGGAGGAAAUGGAGGAGGAGGAAGAACUCAGGAACGCGACCCCGAUGCCAUGGACAUCGACGCCGUAUCUCGAGACCAAACACGCCGAGAAGGACGAUGCUUCAAUUGCGAAGGCAAGGGACAUAUUGCCAGAAAUUGUCCUUCGCCCAAGAAACCCCAGCAACGCGACCAACAAGGAAGAUACCAACCUAAUCGCUCGCAACAAGGCAACCGUCCUUAG